ACUUUACAGUAUGAACCAGUUAAACGUAGGAGGCUUAGUCCAGCACGAGCUGAACUCUGACACGGUUUGUUUUGAUUUGUUUUGGUUAUUUUUGAUUUCUUCAGUCCAGUCUGUCUCCUCAGCUCCUCUAUCAGAGCUCUUUCUUAUUAAUCGAGUUUAAUCGGCUCUAAAUCGGCUCAGUGCGGGUCAGAUUACCUCGCAGCUCAGAUCUGACCGCGCGUGCUGAGGAGACUGUCCGUCCGUCAGUGGUGAUGGCUGCGCGCGCUCUGAGCUGCACUCUGACUCUGUUGGUGUGUUCAGGAGUGUGUUUGAGUCAGGAUCUGUUAUUACCCACCAGCCUGAAUGGAGCAGUUGGGGGGAACGUGACGUUUGACCCAAUCACAAUUCCUCCUCCACCACGUGAUCCAAUCAGCUGGAGUUUUGGUGGAUCAACCAUUAUUACUGCAGUUGGUGGUACAGUUACAGUAUGGCCUUUAUACACUGGCAGAGCCAGCAUGGACAUAAACACUCUGGCUCUGGUGCUCAGUAAUCUGAGUAUGGCAGACGCUGGAGGAUAUACUCUGACUGUGAAUGCCAGGAGUAAACAAACUACACUGGCAGUGUUUGAGCCGGUCUCCAACGUUACCAUAACACAGAAUGAGACAGAGCUUGUUGAAUUUAACAGCACUGUCAGACUCGCUUGCUCCGCCUCUGGCUCCUCCCUCUCAUUCUCAUGGCUGAAUGGAAGCUCUGAGGUAACAGUUGGGGGGCGAGUUCAGCUGACCGAUGGGAACAGAACUCUGACCAUUACCAGUGUGAGCAGAGGUGACACAGGGCCAUACAGAUGUGAGGCAUCCAACGUCAUCAGCAAUGGAACGAGUCGUCCUUUAACCCUCACCAUCUACUAUGGUCCAGACAGUGUUUCUGUUAAAGCAGAACCUUUAAAAACCAUCUACAGCUCUGGGUCUGACCUCACACUGACCUGCUCAGCUGAGUCCAACCCUGCUGCUGAGAUUCAGUGGGCUGUGAAUGGAGCAGUGCUGAAUGCAGAGGGUCCAGAGCUCAAACUUACCAACAUUCAGGCCAAUCAGAGUGGCAGCUACACCUGCACAGCCCAUAACACCAAGACCCUGAGAUACUCCUCAUCUGAACCCAUCCACAUCACUGUAAUGGAAAAAGUAUCUGGAGCUGUCCUCAAUGGUCCAACAGCUCCCGUAAUAGAAGGCAACUCUGCUAAUUUAACCUGUGAUGCAAACGGGACUAUCGUCACUACAGAAUGGAUGAAGGAUAAUCAGAAGCUGUCUCCUAGCAACAACAUCGUAUUCUCAGCUGAUAACAGAUCAGUGUCGAUCAGAUCAGUGAGCAGAACAGAUGGUGGUGAAUACCGGUGCACUCUCAGCAACCCUGUCAGCUCUGAUAGUAGUAAAGAGUACACCAUGACUGUUAACUAUGGACCUGAUAAUGUGAGAAUUGAUGGGCCCAGUGAAGUGGAGGAGGGAGGAUCUGUGGCGUUCCUUUGCUCUGCUGAAUCUGUACCAGACCCCAGAUACACAUGGACGUUUAAUGGAACAAAUACUGAAGUGACUACAGCCUCAUUCACAGUGAAGCAGGUCAAUUUCUCUAACAGUGGAAUUUACACCUGCACAGUCCGGAAUAACGUCACCGGACGCGAAGCCUCAGCAUCCAAAAAUUUGACAGUAAAAGAAAAGGGGAGUUUGAAUGGAGGUUCACUGUCUGGAGGAGCUAUAGCCGGGAUUGUCAUUGGGGUUUUAUUGGGAGUCGCUCUAGUUGCUGGUUUGAUCGUCUACUUUACAAAAUGCGCAGGAAGGCCAAAAUCGAGCUCAAGAGGAGUAAAGCAGAAUGGAGCAACACAAAAUGGAGGCGACCAUGAGUUAAACUACGCAGACAUCCGGCACUUUCAGAAUAAUCAGAGUGUGCUGAAUAUGGGGGGAUCCAGCACACAGACACGGCAAGGAACGCCUGCCAUGGCGAGAGCUCAACGGGGGGCUAAUCAGGGAGCAAAGGCUAACCCAGAGGCAGAGGUCACCUAUUCUGAUGUGAGGAAGUGAUUUUCAUUAGAAAUGGACCAAAGUGCACUGAGCAAUGUACCAGACAGCUGAGGAUUUGAACAAACAGGAAGCAACAGGAGAGUCCAAGACUGUGAAGUGUCUGAAUGUUACUGCGUUCUUCAGGAAACCCUCAGCGACGGAUCUGAGCGUUGAGCUUAAUAUCAGACGAAGAUAUAAUGCAUGGAAAUAAUAUGUGCUGUAACCAUGUUCACCUUUUGCCUUAAUUCAUUUGUGCUAUAAUCUCAUUUUUGAGGCCCUCAAAUGAGGAACGUCCAUUAGAUGUGUCCGAUAUCGAGGAGAGACGCAUUGUAAGGAUGUUUUAGAUUAGAACGCUUGCACUGCUUAGCUGCUUCACCAGCCUGAUGAUAUAAGAAAGACAAAGUGCAGCAGGUAGGUUGAUGAUUAAUCUUACCUUUGGACUUGUGGCUGAUGUUUUUUCAGGGAACCGAAACCGGGAAGUUGGAAUAAUAAAUGUAAAUCGAUUGUAUGUAAAUGAGCUUCAUGUUGAUGAAACGGUUGAUAAACAGUUGUGACAAUUCUCUGUUCCUCUUGAACUUUAUUUUUGUAAGCCUGUGUGUGUGUGUGUGAGUGAAUGCUUCCUUUUUUGGAAAUGUAUAAUUUUAAGCAGAAUAUCUGCAUUUUUUGGGAUUAUUUUCAUCAUUGAAAUUGAAAUGCUGCUAUGUAUUGUGUGCCGUCAGUCAUGUUGCAUGUUAGACACUGACAUACUAUAUAAAAGUCAGUUUUCAUUUCUUUCAUUUCCAGUCAAAACAGCCAUUAAGUACAAAUUAAUCAAUUUUCAGCACUAAAAAAAA